GCUAUAUGAAAUGCUUCGAAGUGCUAAACCAAAGGACUCAAAGCCUUCGUGGAAGGUACUCAUCAUGGACAAAUUAACUGUUAAAGUUAUGUCUUACUCUUGUAAGAUGGCCGACAUUACAGAUGAAGGAGUUUCAUUGGUGGAAGACCUUUUCAAACGAAGGCAGCCUAUGCCUGCAAUGGAUGCUAUAUAUUUUAUUCAACCCUCGAAAGAAAAUGUGAUCAUGUUCCUAUCUGAUAUGUCUGGAAGGUGCCCUCUGUAUAGAAAAGCAUACGUAUUCUUCAGUUCCCCAAUACCAAAGGAACUAGUGGCUCAUAUCAAGAUGGAUACCAGUGUCAUACCUCGCAUUGGUGCACUGGGUGAGAUGAAUCUGGAAUAUUUUGCCAUAGACAGUCAGGGUUUUAUCACUGACCAUGACAUGGCCCUUGGGGAACUUUUCGGAGAAAAUGCAGAAAAAUCCCGCAAUUACAAUGCAUUAUUGACCACAAUGGCUACUCGAAUUGCUACAGUUUUUGCUUCCCUUAAGGAAUUUCCUUAUGUGCGCUACCGUGCUGCUAAGUCAACUUCAGAUGCUUCUUCUGUAGCAUCAUUACACGACCUAGUUCCUUCUAAGCUUGCCACUGAAGUUUGGAAUUGUAUUUCAAAAUACAAAACUACUAUUCCUCAAUUUCCCCCAAAAGAGACAUGUGAAUUACUAAUUGUGGACCGAUCAAUUGACCAGAUUGCUCCGGUCAUUCAUGAAUGGACUUAUGAUGCCAUGUGCCAUGAUUUACUAGAUAUGGAUGGGAACAAAUAUAUAUAUGAGGUCCAAAGCAAAUCUGGGUCGGCUCGUGAACAGAAGGAGGUUCUUUUGGAGGAUCAUGAUCCCCUCUGGCUUGAGCUUCGACAUGCACAUAUCGCUGAUGCUAGUGAAAGGUUAAGUGACAGAAUGACCAAUUUUGUAUCAAAGAAUAAAGCUGCACAACUUCAGCAAAGAGGUGGCGAGAUGUCAACUAGGGAUUUGCAGAAAAUGGUUCAAGCUUUGCCACAAUACAGUGAACAAAUGGAAAAAAUCUCUCUUCAUGUAGAGAUUGCAGGAAAAAUCAAUCAAUUGAUCAGGGAUCUGGAACUUCGAGACAUUGGACAAUUAGAGCAGGAUCUUGUCUUUGGGGAUGCAGGAGCAAAAGAAGUGAUCAACUUUUUACGGACCAAGCAGGAUGUCUCCCCUGAAAAUAAAUUGCGUCUGUUAAUGAUUUAUGCAGCCGUUUAUCCAGAGAAGUUUGAAGGUGACAAAGGUGUAAAGUUGAUGCAGCUUGCAAAACUAUCUCCGGAUGAUAUGAAUACUGUUAGUAACAUGAAAUACUUGGGAGGAUUAGAUUCCAAAAAAGCAUCUGGAGGAGGAUUCUCUCUCAAAUUUGAUGGUCAGAAGAAAAAGCAUGCGGCUAGGAAAGAACGAAGCGAAGAGGAGGAAUGGGCAUUAUCAAGAUUUUAUCCCAUGAUAGAGGAGUUGAUUGAGAAACUUAGCAAAGGAGAACUGUCCAAGAAUGAGUACCCAUGUAUGAAUGAACCUAGUUCUCCAGCCCCUGCAACCUCAAGUAGUAGUCCUGCACAAUCUGCUCAAGCCUCUUCUAUAAGAUCAUCUUCAGCCCCUGCCCACUCCAUGAGAUCACGGCGGACUGCAAAUUGGGCUAAGCCUCGCAAUUCGGAUGAUGGAUGUUCAAGUGAUUCCGUAUUGAAGCAUGCAGUUGCUGAUUUCAGGAAGAUGGGACAGCGAAUUUUUGUCUUCAUAAUUGGUGGGGCCACUCGAUCUGAGCUCCGUGCAGUCCACAAGCUCACAAAUAAACUUAACAGGGAAGUUGUCCUUGGAUCUUCUAGUCUGGAUGAUCCUCCACAGUUUAUUACGAAAUUGAAGCUUUUGACCACAAAUGGUGUUCAUGUCUGAUCCACCAUCGUUGCAUAUAAUACGAGUUCUCAUUACAGUGUCAACCUUUCAAUAAAAAUGAAGUGAAGCUCAGUGUUAUAAUUUUGACUUUGCCUUUCGCGAUCAGCAGGUAGAUCAUGAUCUCCGGAGCAACUACCUGAAAUUGUUCCAUCCAGCAGGGUGAUGUGAAUUGUAAAAUAUUAUAUCUGUGAUAUAAAAUGUUACCAUUGUCAAGAUAAGUUGUUAAAGGAUGUCAAGAGGUUCAGAAAUUUGUCACAUUUAUCCUUUUGAUGGGGCAUUUUGUAAUGUGGGAUCACGGUUCUCUUGUUUUCA